AUGACUAGUAAUAUGAAGGCAAUAGUCAUUUCCAACUUUGGUCCCGUCGAGAACCUGGUCAUCAAAGAUGUACCUAAGCCAUCCGCCACCGUGCCGGGAACGGCACUUGUACACAUCAAGGCAUUCGGUAUCAACCACGCAGAAAUGCACAUGAGGCGCGGCGAGUGGGCCGAGUCAGUACCCAUCAGUGGAAUCGAAUGCGUCGGUGUUGUUGAGGAAUGCCCCGGCGGCGAGCUCGCCGAGGGUACACCCGUGGCCUCAAUGAUGGGUGGACUAGGCCGUACCAUCCCCGGCAGCUACGCGGAGUACACAGUGGCCAACGUCAAUAAUAUCGUCGCGCUGGGUGUCCCAGGCGAGGAAUUGCCUGUGACAUGGGCUGAAGCCGCGGCUUUGCCGGAAAGCUACGCCACGGCCUGGACUUGUCUCUUCAGGAACUUGGACUUGCAAAAGGGGCAGAAUCUGCUCAUCAGAGGCGCAACUUCAUCCUUUGGAAGGGCUGCUGUCGGCCUGGCUGUGGAAGCGGGUGCGAUCGUCACGGCUACAAGUCGCACCGAGGCCAAGUUUCCCGUGUUGAAGGAACUGGGCGUGGCCGACGCCGUGUUGGAAGGACCAAACCUGGGACAGCGACUCCGCGACAGUGGCAAGCCAGCGAAGUUUGACCGUGUCCUAGAAUUGGUCGGCAACAGCACAGUCGUCGAAUCUCUACAGCUCGUCCACCGAGAUGGCCGUCUUUGUCUGGCAGGUUGGCUUGGCGGCUUGGAUCCGAUCAAAGGUCCAGCUGGCCCCGAUGAGAACCGAGGUUUUAACCCUCUUCUGCAAAUGGCCAGUGGAGUUCACUUCAGCUUCUUUGGCAGCUUUGUCUUUGGGAGCGAAGAGUUUCCCGUGUCCGAUGUGCCGCUGCGUACCAUAAUGCAAAAGGUCGCUGACGGAAAGAUCCACGCAAAACCCUGGAAAGUCUUCAAGUUUGAAGAGAUUCAUGCAGCCCACAAGGCAAUGGAGACGGGCGAAGCUCAAGGCAAGAUGGUCGUCACAGUCGGGCAGCAGUAG